UCCCAAUACCCUCCAUUUUUUGCGUGUGAAACUUACCUACCUUGCCUCUUUACUUACUGCUGCUCUGACUAGAUGAAGAUGCAGCAGCUGAAAAAAUAUUUGUGAAAGUAAAUUGUGAUUGACUGACUAUAAUUAAUUAAUUAAUUAAUUGAGUAUUUAAACUUUUAUACACCAUGUAAACUCCGUACGUUGCGAGUUAGUUUUUUAAGCUCCGGAAACGGAAUAAACUUUUAACACAACAUAAAUAGUAAUAAAUACAUAUUUACUAUCUUGCAUUUCUUGGAGAGAAGUCGAAGAAGAGAAGUUCGUCAGGUCUCUUCUCCUUUCACUUUCAUUUUCACUUUCACUUUCACUCAGGAAAGGAGGAGAGACAGCUGAGUACACCGUAAGAAAACCGUCAACAUCAAGAUGACUUUUAGGCAUCCCUUUCUCUGCAAUUUAGCGAUUAGGGUGUGGUAGUUAGUAGUUAGCCUUUUAAAAAUCAGGAUUCCAUUCGAGUCUGACAAUUCGCAAUGUCAGACUUAAACGGAUAUGAUCUUGCUGCGGUGAUAUCGGCAUGGGAAGAAGAAGCAGCAGAAUUUAGAAGAAAUUAUGGCAAAGGACUCAUUCGACAUGAAAGGGACAUUACUUCGUCGUCCGUUUCAACACCAUCGCCUUCGUCAUCCUGGGCGCACAGUCCUUCAUCGGAACAUGAUCUUCAAGGUUUGGAGGACGAGAAUCCAGGAGACCAAGAAGCUGACUCUAACGCGGACGUGGACGAUAUAAGUGCUCCAUCGCUCCCUACAGUAGAAAUUAACGAACAUUUGUUAAUUGGUUCAACAAUUGAAGACAUUCCAACCAACAGUACAUACGUGACACUCGGUGGACUUGGAGGCCCGUCCUCUCAACAAGUUGAAAAUCUUCAAGACCAAGAACAAAAUUUAGCAUCUACACCCGCACAAGACCACAUAGAUGACAACACCGUUCUCCUAGUUAUUUUUAAUGUUGAUGUUGCAUUAGAUAAUACUGCCGAGGGAAAUGAUGAGCUGCCUGUUUCAUUACCUGAAACUGUUGAUCAAGUUACAGAAUUACAAGUGCAAGGAUGUUAUGCGUCUCAAACUCUUGACGAGUGCAUGAUCCCAUUUUCAUCAUGGGAAGAAGUUUGCCAGCAGAAAUCCUUGUACAACUCUGGAAAGAAGCUAUUUGACAUACUCUACUCCUCCGAUGAGUGCAUGAAAGGGUCGAUCAGUGGACGAAAUUGUGAAGACAAACUCUGCCCCAGGAGGCAACUUAGCAUUAUUCGUGCGCUGUCAUGGAUUAAUUGCAAGUCUAACGAUGCAUAUGAUUCAACGAAACCUUUGACAGAACUCCUGGACCCAAUCUACAUUGAGGGAUUAAUUUCCAAACUAUUUACUUCACACAGGAAUCAACGUAACAUUAAAAACACUGGACAACGAAGGAAAAAGAAACGCGGCAGUCUUCAGCCCUCUUAUGAUGAGUUUGUUCCAACAAAGGAAUAUUUUGAUCCUAUCGAAUGGGCGGACGAAAUGUUCAUACCUAGAGAUGUUUGGGCUCGAGCUUUUAUCCAAAUUCUCACAGGAUCUGUUAGCACUGCUGCUACAAUCCUGUUCGAUUGUCUUUUCCCUAUAGACGAACAACUAGUUUCCUCUUUCAAGGGAACAACAGAAAAACCCGGAAAAUGUGCAACUGCACCAUUGGACCCCAUUCGAUGCAAUGGAAUAAUACUAAUUUGUCGCUGGAUGAAUAGUAAUUCCAACAUGUAUCCAUACAACUUUGAAAAAUUGGACGGUGAAGCACUAAAAGGCCAGAUCGAGUUUGAUCCAGGAGAGGAAGUUACCAUCAAAAAAGUGUUCAUUAAUCGCCCUAACCAACGUCGUCAAGAAGCUCGACGAAAACGCCCACAAGUUCCAAUUCAGCAUGACGAGAAUAGCGAUCAGGAGGAGGAAUGCGAAAAGAAACCCUGCCUGACACUUGAAAUGAAUUGACUGCAAAUGUGUACAUUUUUACUGCCUUGUUAUAAAAUUUACUACUAAAAAAAUCGUAUUUAUACAAAAAUCUUGUCUGUAAAUUCUAUCUAUAAAUUCUGUCUAUGAAUCUUGUCUUGUCUUGUCUAAAAUGUAUCCUAAAAAAAUAAAAACAAAACAAAAACCCCUACCAAAAAAA